GUAGGUGUAACCCAUUUCCCUCAAAGCAAAAGAACUACACGGAGGUCCAAAGCCGUAGUCGCGAUUUGUGCCAAUUUUAGUUCAGUUAUAUAGCUUAUCGUUUGAGAUACCGAUGCUGAAAAUAAAGGCAUGACUUUAUCAACGUUCGGCUGGGCUCUGCAGCUUUUGGGGAUCGCGUCCGCCGUGUUCGUUCUAUCAGAGGGUGUGACACUGACCCUCACCCCUGACCAGGGCACUACUCUCAACAUCAGCCAGAGUUCAGAGCGCAGCAGGGGGUCAAAGUGUACGGUAUGCACCGGUACAGGCUUGAAGAAGUCCUGCUCCAGGGCUGGAAGUGAUUAUGUGGUGCUGCUGACAGACCCCAAAGCUGCUGUGAACAUGGUGUUCACCUGCACCAAACCAGAGGAAGUCUUUACUGUGGAGGUUGUCAGGGAAAUAGAUUGUACUACAAAGUCCUGUAAUGGGGACAUCAACCCCAUUGAGUCUAGAACCGGUACGCUUCCACUCCAGAACUUCAACCGUACCUUUAUCUGGAACCUGAAGGCCCCGGUUCCACGGGCGUUCCAUUUGGACUUCACCCAGAUGGGGCUGAGACAGAUCCUGCCCUCUGAGAGAUGUCCAGACCAGCACACGUAUACCCUGUUAGCCCUCCAGAGGACAGGGGAGGCUGCCAUCGGGACGUACUGCAGGAACGGCAGCGUCUCUGGGGCUCAGGUCUUGAACCAGGGCAGGCUCUCUCUGGAGGUCACUGGAGGACGGGAACUGAACCCCACCAUGUUCAACGUGUCUGUUGGAGAGGAAAUCAAAUCACUUGCUGUCCUCAAAGUGACUUUACCGGAAGGGACGUCAUCUUCGGAGUUGCUCUCUCCAAACUACCCGAAUAGUUUCCCUGACGAUGACCUGAUGGAGUGGAAGUUUGUGGUCCCUCCCAAACACAACGCUACGGUUGUCUUCCUGGGUCAGACCCAGCCGCAGUGCCUGAAGAAGGAGCCGGCUGUGGAGUAUCACUACGGUAACGGGCGGUUCGCGGUGGUGAAGAAGCUGUCGGACCCCCAGCCGGCCCAACGUCGGGACUCCUUCUCCCUGAUCCUAAGGAACUGUGAGAUGAACAGGAUCGGGGACGGCUCCACUGGUCUCUCCCUCCACUUCAAGGUUUCAGCCAAGAGGAGGAGUCUUCCAGUGUUGUGCAAUGUGGACCUGAGGAAAGAGUGGGGGCUUUCCCUCCAUAUUGAGAAGACUAACCUCAUGUCUGACUGUGAGCUGAAGCUGAACUCUGUCAUCCAGAAGAAAAUCACUGUUCCCUCAGGGAAGAUCUCUCAGCUGUCCUUCCAGGACUGCCCAUGUCAGGAGCUGCUACUGACCGCCAUCAGAAUCAUAGAGUGCCGUCAGUGGAGGGGCUGCCAAGCAGCAGCAGCCCCUGUCCCUCUGACGGUGCCCGUCCUGGAGAGGUGUCUUCCCGCCUCCCUGGGCAGUGUCACCUGGAUCCUCCGUCCCCCUCAGCAUGGCACGGUAGAGCUCCUGCCCACUACUGGCAACCUGAGGCAGUCCCUGCCAGAACAACCCUGCAACGGCUCUGUCACUCUCACCGUGGCCGAGGACGAUGACGGCACCACCGUGGGUCAGUUCUGCCCUCAGGGAGCCAUACACAAAGUCCAGGUCCACACCAACCUGUCCAUCACAGCUUCAGCCUCGACCAUGGGAGGCAAAGAGAGGUGGCCAUUCUCACAUCCUUUACUCAACAUCUCCUUCACCAGGGAGAUUGCAGAGAGAUACAUCUUCACGGUAUACCCAAUGAAAGGAGUACCAACUCUCCUGGCCACCCCUAGUUGGCCUGUGGGAAUGAAGUCCUACUCCACUGUGUCCUGGAUCGUCAAUGUCCCCUCCAAGCUGGAAGCCCACCUCAUGUUCGACAACAUCAGCCAGCCCAAGUGCAGCAACCGCCACACGGGCAUCAGGGUGCAGAUCCUGGGCUCCCUGGAGGAGAUGUACAGCCGGCGGGAGGACGAGGAGGCAGGCAGGAAGAUCACUGUCUCAGAGAGCUUCUACCUCAACAUGUCCAACUGUAUGCCUGAGAGAGGAGACUUCAGCAUGCUCACACAGAUCACACUGCACAAGGAUAAGAACCUGCUUCUGACCAGCAUUCUGAGUGCGGUGGCAGCUCUGCUGGUUCUCAUGGUGGUUGUGUUGGCUGUGGUUUGUGUGGUGAUCAAGAAGAAGAAAAGGCAGCUGUCUCACCAAGUGUCCACCUACAACCCCAACGGUACCAGCUUCCUGCCAGGGCACAACGGGAGUUUCCCCAAAUCACGAAAAGACAACGAGUCCCACAUCUACGCCUCGAUCGAGGACACACUUGUAUACAGCCAUCUCCUGCGAGAUGGGGCAGAGAUGGGUGUCUAUGGAGACCCGGCUGUGGAUGUGUACCAGAGCUUUACUGGGCCCACAGAGACUAAGCCCCUCUCUCUGGGGACAGUCUCUGAACAUCCAGAGGUGGGCAUCUACCAGCCUUUUGUGCCCCCAUCCCAUUUUGCCCCACCCGUCCCCAAUAGACCCUUAAGUCAAGCCCAGCAGCCUAUGGUGGACAAUGAGCUGUAUGGCUCCAGAAGCAAUGGUGACACCCCUGCACAGUCUCAACCGAACAAUAUGAACACAGAGCAGGUGGAGCCAGCGGCUCAUGACUGAAAGGGAGUGGACUGUAGGUUGGGGGUAUAUGCCAAGCACAGUACCAUAGCCCUUCUAUUCAUAGCAUGCACAGUACCAGUCAAAAGUUGAGAGACACCUACUCAAUCAAAAGUUUUUCUUUAUUUUUACUAUGUUCUACAUUGUAUAAUAAUAGUGAAGACAUUAACUAUGAAAUAACACAUAUAUA